AGUGAACAUCGCCCUCUGCUGUUCAGUAACAAUUGGUCUGAGUAGGACGCUCUUGAUUGGUCUUGCUGCAAUGCACCAAGUGAGUGUUCCGUUUUAGUUUCUGCCCGGAAAUGUUAUUGUGUUACACCAAGAAGGACUCAGCCGGAAGUGCUGUUUUCUAGAGUUUCAAGUUCGACUGUAGUGUUAAAAACCCCUUAGCGCUUACCUAAGCCCUCAGCCCGGAUCUUUCUACAUUUGAAAUUCUGCAGUUUUCUUGUGAUAGCGAUGGUGCUGAGACAUUUUAGUAAGCUGACAUCAGUUCUGGGAGCUAAAAGUCAAAGUAAAACGUUUGGUCUGUCAAAGAGAACGAGUCUGAUGCCAGUAAAACUCCACAGCGACUCAACGGGAGCUGGAAACGGAGCAGCUGCAGGUCAGACUGUGGUUUCAGAGCGUAGGGGAUCUGUGGUUUCCGUGGUGAUAAACCGUCCUGAGGUGCGUAACGCUGUGAACCAGGAAACUGCGAGGCGUCUGCUGGAGGAGCUGCAGGCCUUUGACUCUGACCCAGACUUGAACGUGGCUGUCCUGCACGGGAAAGGAGGGAAUUUCUGUGCUGGUUAUGAUCUGAAAAUGCUAGCCAAUCAAAAAGUCCCCGGUAAAUUGGAGCAAGAUGUCACGAAGGGUCCCGGUCCAAUGGGUCCGUCACGUUUACAGCUCUCGAAGCCUCUGAUAGCAGCAGUGAGUGGCUUUGCUGUUGCUGGAGGGCUGGAGCUGGCUCUGCUGGCGGACCUGAGAGUGGUGGAAGAGAGCGCCGUCAUGGGAGUAUUCUGCCGCAGGUUUGGUGUCCCUCUGAUAGACGGAGGGACGGUGCGUCUCCCGCGUCUCAUUGGUCUAUCCAGAGCACUGGACCUGAUUCUGACUGGGCGGCCCAUUGGGGCUCAGGAGGCUCUGGCCUUCGGACUGGCCAACAGAGUUGUUCCUGAAGGACAAGCGUUAGAGGCGGCUCUGCAGCUAGCCGAGCAGAUCAGCGCCUUCCCUCAGCAGUGUCUGCGGGCAGAUCGCUCCUCCGCUGUCUACAGCUGCUACGAUGCUCAGACUUUCACACAGGCCAUGCAGAAUGAGUUUGACCACGGAGUUCCCAUCAUCCACUCUGAAGCUGUUCCCGGGGCGAUCCGAUUCGCCGCUGGAGCUGGGAGAGGAGGAAAAUUCUCCUAGGACUUAGUUUGCAGAAGCUUUAUGACUUCAGGUGAUUUAGUACAUGUUGCUGCAGCAAUUUAGCACAACUGUGUUGGUGCGUUUUCCAUCUGAAAUAAUGAAUUAUGAUUAUUAUCUUUAGAUUAAAAGUCAUGGAAGACUUUUCUUUAAGUAUUCAUCUUUUGAGAGAAAUCGAACCCCUUCAAGCACCAAACUCAUUUAUAGAAAGUUCAAAAGGACUCGUCUGACAUCUAAAGCAUCAAAUCAGUCGGAGCUUGUCAAUGUUCUGUUGAGUCAGAGAGAAAACCGUGCUAUAAGUGUGUAUUUGUGCCACUAAAAUAAGGAAUAGCUGUGUAAUUAUUGUUUAAAUGAAGCACUUGCCAGAUCUGUGCCAGGUGUCGGCAUUCCUAUGACUCAGGAUGGAAAUUCCUUUUAAUUUAACCUGUGGGGUUUAUUGUGUGUCUUUACUGAACAAUAAGAAAAAAAAAUCUAAAAUAUG